CUUACGUCUGGUGGCGCUUCCGCCUGUACGGUUAUUCUAUCUCGUUGGACUAGACACUUGUGUGACAAAACGGAACAAAUAAUAAAUAAAGUCACGUGUUCGGUUUAAAGUUUGUUGUAUAUUGGGAAGGAUAUUUGUGUGCUACGAAAAGCAUAAUAUUUGAUACAGUAAUCGAGAAUUUAUAACGGUAUAUACUUAGGAUCAAAAUGUCUUUCUUGAAAUUGGAAAAUAUUAAUGUUUGUCUUUUAGACAUCGAAGGAACCACUACUUCCAUUAGUUUUGUCAAAAAUACAUUAUUUCCUUAUGCAAGAUCAGCAAUAUGUAACUACUUAAAACAAUUCUGGGGUAAUUCUGAACUCAUGGAAACUAUCAAAGCUUUAAAGAAACAAGUAAAUGAAGAUAAACAGAAAGGAAUCAAAGAAAUUGUUGAAAUUGAAGAUUUGCCAGAAUCUCCUUCUGAAGAAGAUAUUAAUGCUGUGCAAAAAUCUAUUGUUAAUAAUAUAAUGUUACAAAUGGAUUAUGAUAGAAAAACAACGGCUCUUAAGCAACUUCAAGGACAAAUGUGGAGAAUUGGCUACAAAAAUGGUGAAAUAAAAUCACAUGUCUAUGAAGAUGUUCCUUCUUGUUUAGAAAGCUGGAAAAAAGAAGGUAAACAAAUUUACAUAUAUUCAUCAGGAAGUGUUGAAGCACAGAAAUUACUUUUUCAGUACAGUAACUAUGGAAAUUUGUUACAGUUUAUAGAUGGCCAUUUUGAUACAAACACAGGACAAAAAUUCGAUCAUCAUAGUUAUGUAAAGAUUGCAGAAUAUAUAGGAGUAGCUCCAGAAAAUAUUUUGUUUUUAACAGAUGUAACAAAAGAAGCAGAUGCGGCUUUAAAAGCAAAAAUGCAAGUUGCAAUUCUGUUGCGAGAAGGUAAUGCUCCUUUGUCUAAUGAAGAACUUUCAAGAUUCAAUUGUAUUUCCAGUUUUCAUCAGUUACAAUUAAUAUAACUAAUAUAUUUUAAUUUGAUAUUUUAUAAGAAAUAUAUUAUUGGAUUAUAUUUUUUCCAUAGUGCAAUAAAAAUUUUGAUU